AAUAAGUUGGCAGCGCCAUUACACUUAUUUGUUAGUUUUUUGUUGUUGCGCUUUUGAGUUUUAUUAUAAUUUAUUUUUUCUAGAACAAAAAAUGCAAACGUAAAUUUCUGUUUAAGCGUAUUUAACACGGCAAGGAACACAGGACAAUACUAGAAAGGGCAUGCUAAGUAAUCAAGACCAAAAAGCCAAGAAAGACGGUGAAAGAACCAAAGCAAGAACCUUCAAUCAGAAGCAGAGAUAUCAAAGAAUGUAGCUUAUAAUUAGGGGAAUUCUCGAAAAUUCGAUCCCGUAAACAAAAUUAAAUUUCAUUUGAAGUAGAGGAGUGGGUAACUGAAGAAGAAUGACAGCCGGCACAGAACUCUACUGCUGGGGGAACACCUCCCACGGGCAACUUGGUCUUGGCGGAAUCGAGGACGAGCAGAUUCUUACCCCUAGUCAAGUCCCAUGGACGCCGGACUCGGCCAUAAAACAGGUGGCCUGUGGACACCGACACACUCUGUUCCUGACCUCCAGUGGAAGGGUGUAUGCCUGCGGAAGCAACGAUCACUCUCAGCUGGGACACGAUCUGCCCACCAAAAGGCCACCCUACAUUCCAGACUCAUCCUUUUGCCGCGUAUUUACAGUGCUUAUUCCUGAGCUGCUGGACUAUGUGGUUGUUCAGAUCGCGUGCGGCAGUCGACACUCGAUGGCCCUUUCGGAGUGGGGUCAGGUCUUGAGUUGGGGAGACAAUGACUGCGGCCAGCUGGGCCAAGCCACUGACCAGGAUAUCGUGCAGUUGCCCAAGAUUGUGCGCCAGUUGGUAUCUAAAACUGUGGUGCAAAUAGCCUGCGGCAACAAUCACAGCCUAGCCCUGACAAGUUGUGGCGAGUUGUAUUCCUGGGGCUCCAACAUAUAUGGCCAACUUGGCGUGAAUACUCCAAAGGAAGUGACGCACAGCAACCAACCCGUGCGGCUGACCACGCUGCUGGGGAUACCAGUUGCGGCAAUUGCUUGCGGUGGCAAUCACUCGUUCAUUAUCUCCAAAUCCAGUGCGGUCUUUGGAUGGGGCCGAAACAACUGUGGGCAGCUGGGAUUGAACGAUGAGACUAGUCGAUCCUAUCCCACCCAGCUUAAAACGCUGCGCACCCUAGGCGUCCGAUUUGUGGCCUGCGGAGAUGAGUUUUCCGUGUUCUUGACCAACGAGGGUGGAGUCUUCACAUGCGGAGCAGGAGCCUACGGCCAAUUGGGACAUGGUUUUGGGGCCAAUGAAAUGCUGCCCAGGAUGGUGAUGGAACUUAUGGGCAGCACCAUUACGCAAGUGGCGUGCGGAAAUCGUCACACAUUGGCAUUGGUGCCGUCGCGCGGCAGAGUUUAUGGAUUCGGAUUGGGCAGCUCUGGACAACUGGGCACUAGGAGUACAAAGAGCUUAACGCUACCACAAGUGGUCAUUGGUCCGUGGGUAUCCCCGAGUGGGUCCGCUCUUCUACAGUCCAGCGAUGCGAAGGUCUCUGUGGUCAUCCAUCAAAUAUUCUCUGGCGGCGAUCAGUCCUUCGUGACCACCACUUUGUUUGUGGAUAAAGUGCCGCCCGAGGAUCUAAGAAACUACAAACCCAAGUCCCAGAUCCUUGCCCUAACAGAAGAAGUCACCAAGCAGUGCACUCGUUUCAAGCAAAACGAUCAAAGCGAUCUGGAUCUGCUUAACUCCAUUGAGUUGAUCUUUAAAAGUCAGGCCUGCCUAAAUGCAUCUUUUCUUCUGGACAACGACCGACACUUUGGAUGCUCGGUACGGAAUUACGGAUUGGAUCUGAAGGCAGCUCAAUUGGCAUUCGAUCAUUUGCGCAAUGUGGAAAACGAGAGCAUCAAACAAGUGAUAUGGGAAAACAUUACAAAGGAUCUAAUAGGUUCGUUGGUAGCCUCGCCAGCGGAUGUUGAAAGUAUGCGUCUUUAUCUCCUGCUGCCGCUAUACCACGAGUUCGUCAACUCAAAACACUACAAGUCACUUCAGGUGCCCUUCGCCAAUGCCAUAUUUAAGCUAACGGAGAACCCACGAAAAGUUCUCAUGAGAUGGUUGGCCCAAACGCCAGCGGAUUACUUUGAGCAUAUUGUCCAGAACUUCUUACAUGUAGUUAUUCAUAUUAUAAGUUUUAAAAUGGGAUUGGCGGCCGUAAAUCCCGCUGCCGAGAGACAUCAAAGGCUACUGCCAUACAACUCUGAACUGGAGACUAUCCUGAAAAUGAUGCAGACCCUUUGUCUGAUAAACAAUUUGCGGGAUGUUCGGCUCAACUACCAACUAUUCUACUGGCCAGAUCUCUCUGAUUACGCUGAUGUGCAGCAGGAGUAUGUCAAGUGGAUCAUGGCCGACACUGCCAGCGAAUUUAAUAUUUGCAACUUUUCAUUCCUCUUCGAUCCGUCUGCGAAGACGGCCCUACUCCAAGCUGAUCAGGCGCUGCAGAUGCACUCUGCCAUGGCCAAUGCAGCUUCAAAUGCAUUUUAUAACCUCCUCAAUUAUGGACUGCCGGUUUCACAUUUUAUUGUACUGAACGUGACGCGGGAGAACCUUGUUCAGGAUUCUUUGCGGGAGCUGCAGCGUUACUCGCAGACUGAUCUCAAAAAGCCACUAAAGAUAAAGUUCCAUGGAGAAGAGGCGGAGGAUGCCGGUGGCGUGCGGAAAGAAUUCUUUAUGCUACUGCUCAAGGACCUUCUCGAUCCCAAGUAUGGGAUGUUUAAGGAAUACGAGGAUUCGCGACUGAUCUGGUUUGCAGAUCUCAGCUUUGAAACGGAAAACAUGUACUUCCUGAUCGGCGUGCUCUGUGGCCUGGCCAUUUACAACUUCACCAUUAUUAACCUUCCAUUUCCUUUGGCUCUGUUUAAAAAGCUGCUGGCUAAACCAGUGGAUCUCAGUGAUCUUCGUCAGCUUUCCCCAGCGGAAGCCAAUUCCAUGCAGUCAAUACUCGACUACGAAGGCGAGGACUUUAAGGAUGUCUUCGACUUGACAUUCGAAAUAUCGCGGGAUGUAUUUGGAGAGUCGGAGACUAAGUGCCUUAAGCCCAACGGCAAUGAAAUAGCCGUAACGCUUGAAAAUAGAGAAGAGUUUGUCAACCUGUAUGUGGACUUUGUAUUCAACAAAUCCGUGGAUGUACACUAUAAUGCCUUCCACAAGGGCUUCAUGAAAGUGUGCUCCGGUCGGGUGAUUCACAUAUUCCAGCCGGAGGAGCUAAUGGCUGUGGUGGUUGGAAAUGAAGACUAUGACUGGCAAGCGCUCCAGGAUAACUGUGAAUACCGUGAGGGCUAUACGUCGGGCGAUGAUACUAUCAAAUGGUUCUGGGAGGUCAUCCAUGACAUGACUGAGGCCGAAAAGAAGAGUUUCCUCCUUUAUUUAACCGGCAGUGAUCGUAUACCAAUACAGGGCAUGAAGGCGCUUAAGAUGACUAUUCAACCUACGCCCGACGAACGAUUCCUCCCUGUGGCCCACACCUGUUUUAAUCUGCUGGAUUUGCCAAGGUAUAAGACGAAGGAACGUCUCAAAUAUAAGCUCCACCAGGCCAUUCAGCAAACUCAGGGCUUUAGUCUGGUCUAGACAUCAAAGAGAGAGUUGCCCCUCCAAAAAUUUGACUUUAAAGUGCAGGUAUUUUUCACAGUUUUCCCAACUGGUUUUAGCAUUUCGGGAUUGUUACGUCUUUAAUAAAAACAACAAUAAAAAAACACAUGAAGCACACAUUUAUCAACGAUCAAAUCAAAUAGAACAAUGAUGUGUUAUGGCUUUAAUGUUUAACCCCUAAACUAGUUACCAAUAUCACUUUGUUAUAAUAAAAUCGGAGAUUAAAAAAUCA